AUGGCUUUCAGGAGCCGGGGUCACCUCCAGGGCUGCGUCUCAGUCCCUGCAAAGCCUCAUCAGAGUCCCCCAAGGCAAGGGACCGUCAGCGCGCAGGGCAGGCAGGACACCCGGCAACAGCCUGAGUCUCGUCUUGGAGUCUUCUGGAUCUCACUCUCGCUGACACUCAGGCUGGACAAAAUCACCUCCCUCAGUUCUCAUCAGCCAGGGUUGGGGUCUCAGCUGUGGUCAACGCCAGAGCUGGGGCCCUGGAACGUGUGGCAGCAAAUCGAGGACAAAGAGUGGGUCCUUAUCAUCAAGCCAGGUCACCAGGUCCAGGACAUGAAGAUGAAGUCCCUGGAGAUCAAUCUCUUUUCUCUGCCCAUCAAGGAGUUUCAGAUCAUUGACUUUUUUCUGGUGCCCUUCAGGGACGAGUGUCUGAAGAUCACGCUUGUGCAAAAGCAGACCAGGUUCAAGGUGAGGGUAGCAACUGGGGACUGCAGCGGUCAUGUCAGUGUGGGCGUCAAGUGGCCCAAGGAGGCACCCACUGCCAUCUGCCUGGCCUUCAUCCUGGCCAUGCUUUCCAUCAUCCUGGUGCAGUGGGAUGACUGGGGGGAUGGUAGUAGCCAGCUCCACAUGGUGACACAAUACUGUGGCUCUCUGCUAAUGUAUCUCAUCCCUGCCUCCCACAUUGUGUUGGACCCUGUGCCCAGGAAACUGCUGCCGAUGGCAGGUCUUGGCCAACUCUGCCAGCUUUGCCAAGGUCAUUUCAAUGUCACGCCCACGACCCACCGCUCUGACCUCUGGAAGGAGACUAUUCCCCAAGUCUCCCUAUCAGGAAUUCACUGGCCCACACCAGGAUAUCCAGAGCAACCUUAUGGUGCUUUUACACAAGAAAACUCAGUGUAUUAA